AUGGUAAAAUACCGCAUUAUAUACGAUUUCUUUCUUUCUUUCUUUCUUUCUUUCUUUUUACACUUUUGUUUCCUUUCCUUCAUUUCUUUCAACACUUUUGUUUUCUUUCUUUCUUUCUUUCUUUUUUCUUUCUUUCUUUCUUUCUUUACUUUUCUUUUAUUUCUUUCUUUCGUUCUUUCUUUUCAUUCAUUUCUUUCUGCUCUUUCUUUCUUUCUUUCUUUCUUUCUACACUUUUGUUUCCUUUCCUUCAUUUCUUUCAACACUUUUGUUUUCUUUCUUUUUGUUUUUUGUUUUUCUUUCAUUUCUUUCUUUCGUUCUUUCUUUUCCUUCGUUUUUUUCUGCUCUUUUGUUUCCUUUCUUCAUUUCUUUCUUUCUUUCUUUCUUUCUACACUUUUGUUUCCUUUCCUUCAUUUCUUUCAACACUUUUGUUUUCUUUCUUUCUUUCUUUCUUUCUUUCUUUCUUUCUUUCUUUCUUUCUUUCUUUCUUUCUUUACUUUUCUUUUAUUUCUUUCUUUCGUUCUUUCUUUUCAUUCAUUUCUUUCUGCUCUUUCUUUCUUUCUUUCUUUCUUUCUUCACUUUUGUCUCCUUUCCUUCAUACUCCCUCACCUUUCCAUUACUUUUAACCCUUUCUUUUUCUUACUCAAAUCCGUUCGUUUCCCUUCUGUCUAUCUUUUCUUUUUUUCCCUUCCUGCUGGAGAAAAAUAUAUAUCUGUCUCUAUCACUAUCUGUCUGUCUGUCUCUAUUGCUAUACGUCUCUCUCUAUCUAUCUCUCUCUCUGUCUGUCUAUAUCUAUCUAUCUAUCUAUCUAUCUAUCUAUCUAUCUAUCUAUCUAUCUAUCUAUGUUUGCCUGUCUCUGUCUAUCUCUAUAUCUGUUUUAAUGGGAUUUUUUUCUUAGCUUUAUACUUUGAUCCCAUACGUUAUUUUUUAGUUCGCACAUACCCUCUCCUCCUCUUCUCCUCCCGUUGUGUUUUCUCUUUAAAUUUUUGUCUCCAUUUUCUUUCUUUUUGCAGAUUUUUUAAAAAUCUCUUAUUCCCCCCACCCAGUCCCGUCCAAGUUUUUUUCUUCAUUUCUUUUCAGCCUUCUCGAUUGUUCUUCCCACUUUUUCCAUUCUUUCUCUUUAAUUCAUCUUUACCGCCUUUUAAUUCUUUUCCUUGGUCGGGCGAGGAAAUCGUCAAACCAUGUUCAACCCACCCUAGAGUUUUAUCAUUUCGCUUUCAAGCUGCCAGUAAAAGGACGAUUCCACUCUUAGUUGAGAUCUAUCUCUAA